AUGCCCGCCCCUACCAAUACCCUCCUCAUUGAGGGUUCCUUCACCGAGCUCGCCGACGAGUUUGCCCAGUAUAUCGAUGCCCUCCGCAAAGAGGGUGGCCUCCAGUCCGAGAUCGCCCCGCUCCUCGAACCUCUCCGCCAGCAGGAACAGUCCGAAGGCGAGGCCGACCUCAAGCAGCGCGAUGAAGUCCUGAAGAAGCUCGUUUCCUCUGCGACCGCUCUGAACAGUGCCCCCGAGAAGGAGAUCACCUCGGCCUACAACCUGUUGGUCCACCUUGUUCACCAGUCUUCCGAUGCCGAUGUGUUCCUUCCUCGUAUCUGCACCUAUCUCGCUAAGCCCAUCUCCACCUCGCCUCAAUUCGGCCCUACGCUCGCUAUCUCUAUCCUCACCACCAUCUUCAACACUUUGUCCUCCACUGACCCCAGCCGCUACCACGUCCUUUUGGCCAUUGUUGCCGUGAUCCGCCAGUCUGGUUCUGGAAUCGCUUUCGAGGCCCUCAAGCCCCAACUCUCUGCCCAGCUUCCCACAUGGCUCUCAGCGUGGGAGUUGGACAACGACGAUGCCCGGAAGUUGCACCUCGCCAUUGCGGAGGCCGCCACCGCUGCCGGUGAUGAGGGUUUGGCCCAGACCCACACUUUGCAGGCUCUCGAGACCAUCAGCUCUGCCGAUGUUAGCAAGCCCGAAUCCCGCGAGCUGGCCGUGCGCGCCCUCGCUACCGCUCUGCGUCGCCCCUCUGUCUUCGACUUCACACCUUUGACUGCAUCAGACGCCGUCCAGGCCCUGCGCUCCAGCGACAGCACUCUUUUCGAGCUGCUCGAGAUCUUCACUUCGGACACCCUCGACGCCUACGAGACCUUCAUCUCUGCCUCUCCCCUCGCUUCCAUCUCUGGCGGUGUGCUCGCCGAGUCCGCCGAUGCUCUGCAGACCAAGAUGCGUCUCCUCACUCUCACCUCGCUGGCUUCCUCCACCCCUUCGCGCUCGAUCCCCUACGCCACCAUCGCCUCCGCCCUGCGCGUCCCCGCUUCCGAUGCCGAGAUGUGGGUUAUCGACACCAUCCGUGCCGGUCUUGUCGAGGGCAAGCUGUCCCAGCUGAAGUCUGAGUUCCUCGUUCACCGUGCUACCUACCGCGUUUUCGGUGAGAAGCAAUGGUCCGAGGUUCAGGGCCGCCUGAUGGUCUGGCGCCGUUCCCUCGAGAGCGUUCUGAGCGUUAUCCGCUCCGAGCGCGAGCGUUUCGCCCGUGAGGGUCUCCAGGCCGCUGCUGAUCAGGAUACCAACGCCAACCGCGGCGGCCGACGCAUUCAGCCCGCGCAGACGCGUGAGGUUGAAGCUAGUGCCGAGUAA